AUCCUAACGGUUUAAAAAUAACGGGAAUCAAUAAAAGAAUAAUAAUAAAUUGAAUAAAGAAUAAUCUGAUGGCGCUGUGAUUAAAUGAAAUUUAAUUAUAAAACUUCAGCAGAUCAUAACCUCGAUUAAGUAAACAGUUAUUUCAUUUGUGUAAAUACUUGUUAAUAGUUGCGUGGCGAACAUGUCGCGAAUAUUUUUUCGUAAUAUAAAAGUUAUAAAUGCUGCGAUAACCAGCAGCAAAUCAACAAAAACAUCCCGACUUACUUACCUGGGCGUCGGAGUUAUGGCAACAGGUAUCGUAACAUAUAAUUGUUCAAAAAAUGAAGCAUUCGCGGCAAAAUCACAGCUGGACGUGUCCGGGUUCAUGGCAAGGCCGAUAACACCAGAGAAAACUCUAAAGAAAAAUGAAGGUGACAUGAAAAGUAAAAUGGAAAUGCUUAUUUUGAAAAUUCAAGCUGAUUUUUGUAGAUCACUGGAAGCCUUUGAAGACGAGGAACGUUUUAAGGUGGACAGAUGGCUGCGUAAAGAGGGUGGCGGAGGUAUCACAUGUGUAAUGCAAGAUGGUAAAGUUUUUGAAAAAGCUGGAGUAAAUGUAUCAGUUGUAUCUGGUGAACUACCACCAGGUGCUAUUCAACAAAUGCGAGCACGUGGUAAGCAAAUGGACGAAGGAAGUUUGCCGUUUUUCGCAGCUGGUAUCAGUGCCGUCAUUCAUCCCCGCAAUCCAAUGAUUCCUACAAUACAUUUCAAUUAUCGUUACUUCGAAGUCGUCAAUAAGGAUGGUAGUGUCCAGUGGUGGUUUGGAGGAGGUACUGAUCUGACACCCUAUUAUUUAAAUGAAGACGAUGCCCGUCACUUCCAUGGCACACUGAAAAAAGCAUGUGAUCAACAUGAUAAAUCAUAUUAUGCAAGGUUUAAAAAGUGGUGCGAUGAAUAUUUCUUUAUUAAACAUCGUGGCGAGAGCCGUGGAGUCGGAGGUAUAUUUUUCGAUGACCUGGACACGCCGAAUCAAGACGCAGCUUUUAAAUUUGUAAAGUCGUGCGCUGAGUCUGUUGUACCCUCGUACGUUCCCCUGGUUGCCAAGCAUAAGGAUGAUGGGUACGGAUACGCUGAACGACAAUGGCAGUUGCUAAGAAGAGGACGUUAUGUUGAAUUCAAUUUAAUUUAUGACCGCGGUACCAAGUUUGGUUUGUAUACUCCGGGUGCUAGAUACGAGAGUAUCCUGAUGUCGCUGCCAUUAAUUGCGAGAUGGGAGUACAUGCAUGAACCACCUGCUGGAUCAAAGGAAGCUCAGCUGAUGGAAGUCUUACGUACGCCCAAGAACUGGCUCAAUAUUAAAAAUUAAUUUUUGAUUUUUGAUUAUUGAUAACGAAGACUGAUGAUCUUUUGAUUACUUGCCGAUAGCUUUUGGAGUUUUUUUUAAAUUUAAAUUAAGAACAAUUUAUUAAAUAGUAAUUUUAAAAAAAUAUUCCAGUAGCAAUGAUAGAUCUGUGGUACUUAAG